CAAGGAAUCAACAUCCAGGAGGGCUGGGCUACCUCGAAACGAGCGUUGCGUGGCUAUCGACAGCAGGAUAACAAAGGAAGUGGUCUGGAAAGGAGUGACAACUACGGUCUGCUAGGGAGCACGAAUACACAACAAUCCAUUGGACUCGGCGCUAAGGAUCAAAUACCAUGGAUGCAAUCGCAUCCUUGUGAACGCCAAGUCUAUUUGGUGAGUAUCGUGUAGCAACCAGUCGGCAGCAGGCAGGGCUGCUUCUCUAACAACCGGCAGGAUGAAAAUCAACGAGAAGAGCUUGUGUCUAUUCGCUACAACGCCCCCGGUCGACCUAGAAGGGUGGAUGAACAAGCGGGGCGAGUUGAACAAGAGCUGGCAACGCCGCUGGUUUGUGCUCAAGGGCAACCUACUGUUUUACUUCGAGAAGCGGGGAGACAAGGAACCGCUCGGCAUGAUCAUCCUCGAGGGCUGCACCGUGGAACUGGCCGAGGAAGGCGAGCAGUACUGCUUCCAGAUCAUAUUUCACGGUCCCAACAACCGCACUUACUACCUGAGCACGGAAUCGCAACCGGUCAUGGAGCAGUGGAUGAAGGCGCUCACCUGCGCCGGCUACGACUACAUGAAGCUGAUGGUGGCCGAGCUGCAGCGGCAGCUGGAAGAGAUCGAAGAACAGUGCAAAGAAAAGCAGCUGGAUGUGGCAGCGGUUCUUUCAUCGUCCAAAGAACCGCCGCCAAGACGCCAGAAUCCGUUCAACAAAUCGUGCAUCACGGAACCACACUCAGUUUCAGAAACCACGGCACCACCCCUAUCCAGUAGCGCAACCCAAUCCACCGCACCGUGGGAUGACGAGAAGCGUACGGUGGUCUCGAGCGAUGCAAUGGAACCACGUGCCAAGCCAAGGAAUCGCUCUCUGGCCGACUCCAACGAGCUCAACAUGACAGCCCCGAAGAGCAAUGGCGGAUCCGUCGAUCGUACGGAUGGUAUUAACUAUGUGGCCGCGCCCGACAGCAAAGAGGCACUGAACGGGGCGAGUUGCUAUUCCUUUGAAGCGAUGCACUCGACGUUAGGAAUUCCAGUAUUGGCAGAUUUGAGCAAAUGGAACGAAAGUGUGCUGCAGGCGAGUCCAAGCACGAUGACGACGAUGACGACGCCCGCAGCAAUUAGUGUAGCGGUAACUAACGAAUCGUAACGUGAGAGAUCGUAACAUGCGUCAUCGCUUUUGAAAAUCGCAAAAACAAUUGUUCUAUGAUUCAUUCAUGAUUCCAUGAUUCCAGUUUAUGAUUCACUUUGUCGGCGAAACUAACGAUACUUGAAUACUUCCGCGUCACGGAACGACAGCAGCAGACGAGCAACCCGUACGAGAUACACCCGUACGAGGAAACAUAACAGAGCCAGCGUAACAGAGCCAGAUAACAGAGCCAGCAUUCCUGUUAUUGCAUUUGGAACAAGGAUCUUUAUAGAUUAGCUUUAUUGUUUUACCUCGACCUCCUUUUCGGGGUACUGUAGGGGUAUUCACUGGCUUGUUGAAAUGUGAGAAGAAAAAACAAAAGAAAAUCAUUUCAUUCUUCCUUCUAUACCUAGGAUCCCAACUGGACCGCUGCUGUCCUGGAAACGGAUCCCCCAGAACGACUCGUUACGUUUUCCUUGUUGCGCGUAGAAAGCCAGAUGAAUCAUUGGCUAAUACUUCAUGUGUUUGCGAGUUCUGAUUGUUUAGUCUUUUGUUUAGUUUGUUUUUUCCUCUUCUACUACAGUAUUGGUCGAUAAAAUAGCAGCGCUAGUACGUUACGCAAACUUA